AUGUCAGUGAUAUACCCCGGGGGUUUGUCGGGGGCCUUUCCUGCUGCAGUGCAGCAGCAGCUGCUGCAGUCCGUGCCGGGGUUGGAAGCGGCAGUGCUGCUGCGGCUGGCCUACGAUGUGGAGUACUUGGUAGUUAAGGGCAGCGAGGUGCAGCAGACGCUGCAGACCAAGAAUGUCGAGGGCCUCUUUGUUGCAGGACAAGUGCUGGGGACCACAGGUGCUGCUGCUGCUGCUGCUGCUGCUGCUGGUGCUGGUUUGGCUGCGGCUGGGGGCUGGCUAGUGAUGCUGCACAGUCGUAGCAGCAGCUGCUGCUGCUGCUCUUUCUGCUGCUGCUCUUGCUGCUGCCAGCUGGCUGCCAGCCUUGCUGCCGUUGCAGCUGCUGGCCUUGUAG